AUGGACAAACUACUUGACUCGAAUAACAAAUUAAAAAUCAUCGUUUCUAAUCAAUCAGCCCUUAUUAAACAAGUAUUAGACGAUUCUCAUAUUCAAUCUAUCCAUCCAAUUCAAGUAAAACUUAGCGAACUCCAAGACAAUGUACAAAACGAAGAAAUAAUCAUGUGUAUAAACUCUUUAGUUAUACACACAGAAUUUGUUCUUUUCGAACUACAUGUAAAUCUCGAUGAACUAAUCAACACGAUUAUACUAGGUAAACAAGGAAUAAUCAAUCCACAGGUUGUAAAGCCACAACAAUUUUUGGAAACAUUUGAUAAAAUCAUUAAAACCCACUUUCUUUAUAAUCAUAUUCAACCAACUCUCGAAAAUUUUCAAACCCUACUUGAUAUUAGUAACUUGAAACUUUGGAUCAACAAUGGAAAAAUUGUAUAUACAAUAAUAACUCCUAUUUUGGAUGAUACAGAGUGGAAAAUCACUAAAAUUUAUCCAAUUCCCUCAAAGAGAGAGAAAAUUUUUGUGGCUCCAGUUACUCCAAAUUUCAACCAAUACCGAACAACUUUAGGACAGAUCAACAACCAAAUAGAUCAAUUCAAAUCGAACACCGAAUCAAAAACCUAA